AGUCGGCAUAAAUACACGCCGGGCUUGCUUCCCCUUUAAAAGCACUGUAACUGUGUCAGUUCGACCGGCGUUUGAAUUGCUAUAGCUUGAAGAUGUGCCCGUAAAGAUACCUGUCUUUUGGAGACAAGCCACCCAUUUCCAAGGCUUACACUUUUCUUUUUAUUGAAAGAUCCGGAGGCGGAUAGAAGAUGUGGUUAGAUGCAUUGGGGGUGUUGGCGAUGGAGCUGGAUUUGGUGAACAUGUUCCUCAUCGCUGGGGGAACACUUGCCAUUCCUAUCCUGGCCUUCAUUGCCUCUUUUCUGCUAUGGCCAUCUGCUCUCAUUAAGGUCUACUACUGGUACUGGAGGCGGGCCUUGGGGAUGCAGGUGCGCUACGCUGACAGUGAGGCCUACCGCUUCUGCUACUCGGUGAGGGGCAAGCCGGGAACACGGCCCACGGUGCUCAUGCUGCACGGCUUCUCCGCCCAUAAAGACAUGUGGCUGUCCAUGAUGAAGUUCCUCCCCAAACAUCUUCACCUGGUGUGUGUGGACAUGCCUGGCCACGGAGGGACCACUCAGACCAACGUGAAGGACUACUCCAUUGAGGGCCAGGUCCGCAGGAUACACCAGUUUGUAGAGACCCUCCGACUCAACAAGAAGCCAUUCCAUCUGGUGGGGACGUCCAUGGGGGGCAAUGUGGCUGGAGUGUAUGCUGCCUGCUACCCUUCGGACAUCUGCGGGCUCACAUUGAUCUGUCCUGCAGGCCUCAAAUACCCCAACGAGAGCCAGUUCAUCCAACACCUGCGGGACCUGGAGAAGACCAAGAAUAUCCACAGCAUUCCGCUCAUUCCAUCCACACCUGCAGAGAUGGAGGAGAUGCUCAAACUCUGCUCCUACGUUCGCUUCAAAAUCCCACAGCAGAUCCUUCAAGGAUUGGUUGAUGUACGCAUUCCUCACAACGAUUUCUACCGAGAAGUGUUCAUGGAGAUUGUAGGAGAGAAGUCCAGACACUCUUUGUAUGAGAACAUGCAUUUGAUUACAGCCCCAGUCCAAGUCAUUUGGGGAAAGCAAGAUCAGGUGAUAGAUGUCUCCGGGGCUUCAGUGCUGGCAGAAGCCCUGCCUGGAUGCCAGGUGGAUCUCCUGGACAACUGUGGUCACUCAGUCGUCAUGGAGAGACCGCGCAAGUCUGCCAAGCUCCUAAUGGACUUUAUGAUUAGCCAGCAGAAUGCCAGCAAUUCGAGCUGCAAAAAGCUUUCAUGAAACAGCAGCGGCAAGAAACUUUUCAAAAUAAUUUAAAAGUGUUUAAAUAAUAUAUUAAUUAGAUUUCUGAUCGAAUCAGCUCUCAGGGAGUUUCCCCAUCUGCCUGAUGUCUCAUUAUCUGUGUUUGUGCUAUGGCCAUGUAACAUACUGUAUACAUACUGUGUCGGUGCAUCAUUUUAAAUGAGACAUAGAAUAUUUAAAAUA